UAGGUAGGAAAGUAACCGCCCGCCCUUGCGAACUAUAACUGCCGAUAAGAUUUACUGCGCAGCAAUCAGCAAUACGACUCCUACUACCAGACAUCGCAAUUAUAAUGCUGGCUGGAUACCUAGAAGCGCUUUUGGUUUUAUAGCUGACAUUUGUGGCUGCGUCGCUGUUUCCGCGUGUCAGGCCUCGCUCCCGUGAAGUGCUCGCGGACAAUUGUUUUGCUGGUUGCUAGGUUACGGUACUAUGCCAGUUGCCCGCUCUCUGGGUUUGGCGCGCGCGGUACCUUUCGGAGCAUCCUCGCCUAGCAACCCAACUGUAACUUCCGGACAGAAUUUGGUCGCCUUUGGUUUUUACCCGGAGGCUCGGAACGCAAAACAGGAAGUUGUUAAGGCCAUUGCCAUCUGUCACCGGCAAGUCAAGAUCCUGGAGAGCCAGUUAAUGAAAAUAUCAGAGGAACCUGCAGACUCAGAGAUAAAGGACAUGGAGAAGAUUCAGCUAAAUGAGCAAAUUCUGUUUCUCACACUGAAGAUUGUCUCUCUGCUGACUGGAGAGGAUUAUAUUGUUGUGAGACAGUCGGCAGAUGAUGCCAAACACAGAUGCAAGGUGUGCAUGGUAAAUGGAUUCUGCAAGCACCAUACCCCGCCUUUGGAUCAUUCCACGGGUAAGGAAAGAGACAAGGAGAUUCUGGAAAUCAUAAGCAAUAUCAUUUUCCUGCUGACUGAAGAGGUCACUGUAAGGUGUGAGGAUGUUUCUGUCUAUUUCUCCAAGGAAGAAUGGGAGUAUUUAAGUUGUAACAAGACCCUAUACAAGGAAGUAAUGCAACCGAAUUCUCCACCUUUAUGCUUAUUGGAUUGGGAAAAUAACCUUGAUUCUCAGGAUAAUCUAAAAGCAGAAUAUGGUUGGGAUGAUGUCCCGUGCCAGGGUGAAGACAUGGCUGAAGAAGAUUACAAAGUAGAAACUCUCCUAAACUCUGCAUUUCCUCCUGUAGAACUGAAUUUGGCCAAUAGUGCAUCACAUUCUGCGUACAAGAAAUCAGUUUCUUAUGAAGAGGGAACACAAAGGAGCCCAAAUAUCGUCGUUUUAGCAUUUACUGAAAACAUGCAGAUAACCAAUGCAGCCAUUGAUAAAGCAUGCAGCCUGAAUACCCCUUUGUCAGAGAUAAAGGGCAAGGAAAAUGGUAAAAUGGUGACUAACAAGUCCAUCUCUGCGUCUCCUCUUAAAAAACACACCAAGGCCACAUAUAUCUGCGGGUUGUGUCAGAAGCUUUUCCCCUGUAACCGAGAUCUCAUUAGGCACCAGAAAUACCACACCGGGGAGAAGCCGUUUUCGUGUUCCGUAUGUGGGAAGUGCUACGGAGACAACACGCUUCUCGUUCGGCACCAGCGAAUUCACACCGCCGAUAGGCUAUUCCCAUGCCCUGAAUGUGGCAAGUUCUUUGUAGAUCGCUCCCAGCUGCUUAUUCAUCAAACCAGUCACACGGGUGAAAAACGCUAUUCUUGCGCCGAGUGUGGGAAGUGGUUUUACUACGCGUCUGCUCUCACGAAGCACCAGAGGAUCCACACCGGAGAGAAGCCGUAUUCCUGUUCUUUCUGCGGGAAGAGAUUCAACGACAACUCCAUUCUUACGAGACACGAGAGGAUUCACACAGGAGAGAAGCCAUUUGCCUGUACGGUAUGUGGCAAACGCUAUACGCGCCGCUCGCACCUGAGCGAACAUCAGAGGAGCCACACGGGAGAAACGCCUUUUAUCUGUUCCGAGUGUGGAAUAUGCUUUGGGCGGCAAAGUCAUCUAAAAGCUCAUUUUAGAAUUCACACAAGUCAAGCUCCUUUAUCCUAAUAUGGGAUUAUACUGAAAUGUUUAUCAAGGGCUUGAUUAUGAUGCCCCACGUAGUGUUUAAAGAGCAAAAAAGGCCAAAAUAAGACAUUGUAAAAUACCAAGGCCUCUGUUUUGGAUUUUCAGAUCUGUUGCUCAGUGCAGAGCGCGGCAUCUGGGGGGAAUACGUUCUUACAGGAACAGUAACACCAAAAAAAUGAAAGUGUAUCAAAGUGAUUAAAGGACUAGUAACA